GAACUCCGUCGAACGAACGAACACCGAUUAUCUCCCGCGGAAAUGUCAACAAAGACCAAAAUACCACUUUUAGUGUAUAUUCUGGAUGCUAAGAUUCAGAAACAACGUCUGAAGGACAUGAAAAAUGCGGCAGCCAAGAGGAAAAUAUCAGUAACAGACACAUUUAGUACAAGUGUUACGCAUGUUGUAACAGAGUUUAAAGAAUAUGAUCAAGUGUUGCGGAAGCUUAAUAUGGCAGAUUCAAGCAGCCUAGAUGAUGUAAAUGUUGUCUCAGUACAGUGGUUUGCAGACUGUAUGAGAGCAGGCACAGUUGUCAGUGUGGAACAAAAACACAGGCUUCAGAGGACCAGUAACAGUGCACAGAGAAAUGAAGAGGUUGAUAGUACAAACCAGUCUGCAGUUUUGGCCGAGUAUGGUUGUCAAAGAGCUACGCCCUUAAGGCACUUGAAUGAGAAGUAUACAAAAGCAUUAGAAGUACUGGAGAAGUUUGCUGACCUACGAGAGGGAGACCAUGAUUAUUCCAGGGCACUAGCUUUCAGGAGGGCAUCAUGUGUAUUGAAGUCAUUACCCUUUGCUUUGUCCAGUAUACAGCAGUUACACAAUAUAACAAAUAUAGGAGACCACAGUAAAAGAGUUGUACAGGAAAUCCUUGAAGACGGGGAAUGUUUGGAAGUUGAAAAUAUUCUGAAAGAUCCUUGGUUUCACAAAAUGAAGCUGUUUACUGAAAUAUUUGGUAUUGGACCUUCAACAGCCAAGCAGUUUAUAGCCAAAGGUUGGAGCUCCAUUGAAGAGGUACAGAAAGGGCAUAAAUCAGCUGAUUGGAGAGUCCAGUGGGGUCUUGCUUUUCGUGAUGAUCUUACAACACCAGUAUUGAGGCACGAAGCUUGCUUUAUCUAUGAGUUGGUGCAAAAACAUCUUAGGAAAGUUUUGCAUGGAGCUAUUGCAACAGUCACUGGUGGAUUCAGAAGAGGUAAGACCAGUGGACAUGAUGUAGAUAUAUUGAUAACACACCCAACAGAAGACAAGAUAGUUGGAGCACUGCCUAAGUUACUGCACAGUCUAGAAUCUGCAGACACUGUUCUGUGUGGGCGGCUUGAACGUAGCACAUAUACUGAUGAUGUAUUAGCUAGAAACACAAAACUUAGCUCAAGAGGGCAACUAGACCAUUUUGAAAAAUGGAUUGGUGUUAUAAAGGUUCCCAAAAAAGUAAGAAACAGUGGUGGUGAAAGUGAAAUAAAUACCGACAUUCUUACGCCAGGCUUACAGCCAUUUGGUAAUCAGUUGAACAAUGGAAAUACUGAUAAUGGAACCUACAGAUCACAUAAUGAAAAUGUAGACAUUAGUAAGGAAGUAAAAAAGAUGGGGGCCAGUUCUACUGAAGUAAUUUAUUCAAGAAAUGGUGCAAGUGGAAACAAAGAACCUAAUGUUUUAGCAGUUGAAGAUGAUGAUACUCUAGAAGAAGUUAAAAAUGAGGUUGUGGACUCUCUAGAAGGAAGUGUUGAUGUUUCUGAACUGAAAUCAGGACAUAUUAAAGGCACUGGACCCAGUGAUAAACCCCCAGUUGAACUUGCUGCUGAGGAGAGGGACUGGAUUGCAAGGAGAGUGGACUUAAUAAUGGCUCCAUUCAGUCAGUAUUAUUACGCAUUGGUUGGUUGGACAGGAAGUAAGCAGUUCAACAGGGAUGCCAGAACUUACUCUGAGAGGAAACUUAAUAUGAAGCUGACAAGUCAUGGACUGUAUGACUAUACCCUGGGUAAGAAGGUUCCAGCAGGAAGUGAGAAGGAAGUUUUUGACAAUUUAAAGCUACCAUAUCAUGAACCUUGGGAGAGAAACUGUUGAACCUGCCGUAACAUGAACUUUGGGAGAGAAAAAAAGUAUUGAAGCCUCUGGUUAAUGAACUUUAGGAGAGAAACUUUUAAACCAUCCACUGUUCAGUGUAGUCUCUGUAGGGCAGGCACCACAUGGAAGACAAAAAUGUAUUUAUUAAUUACAGGUUAUGCUAUGAAGAGUUUAUUUUACUAAGAAUAAAUUGAAUAAUAUGUAAUUGGAAGGGGAAAAAUGUCUCUGUGAAGAGGUACAAUGCAUUUACUUAUCACAGGACUGGUGCCAUUAAGAGAAGUUACACUGUAUUCCAAUAUUUCUGAAAACUACCAGUAUCUGAACCUAAAAUUUAGAUGCGUAAAAAAAUAAGAUUUAUUCAAUAUAGAUUACUUGGAGUAUGUCUGUUGUAGAUGUCUCUUUUUUAAUCUUUAAUAGAAAAAACAAUCUUUUCCUAAAGACAAAUUUUCCUGUCUUUGAAAAUCCUGCAGAAUUUCAGUUUAUUUCAAGAAGCCUUAAAUAAAUGUUCCUUGUUUCAUCAGUGCUGUGUUUAAAAAAUACCAGGUAUUUGAUAUGCAGAGCCUUUUGUAUUAGUAAGAUAUUCUUCACGAAAAUAUGUAAAUCCUUACCUGGUAGUUGUUUUAAAUAUCUUAAGAAAACGUUGUUUCUUUUCUGUUAGUUGUUUUUCAAUAUGUUAAGAAAACAUCAGUACUUUGUCAAUUCCAAUUUUCACUGAUCUUUUAAGCAAACAAAAACGAAAUAUCUCCUGCUGUCUGUUUUGGACAAGAAAGUUAUAAUGACGAAGUAUAUUACAUGGAGAUUAACUUUUGUAAAUUCAUGAAUGGCUUUGAUAAAUGUGAAAGAAUAACAUUUUUGCUCAAUUUAGCAAUUUAUUUUGUUGUAUAUUUGCAUGUUAUUUUGUUUUUGAGUACAGUAGAACCCUGCUAGUAAGACCUCAUGUGGGUCCUUUAAAUACUGGUCUUAAACAGAACUGUCUUACUAUUGGAUUUAUUUUACAAAUACUUAUAAACCUCUGUCUCAGUUUAGAAAUAAAAAUAAUUCAGAUUGUUUUUCUACAUGGAGAUUAACUUUUGUAAAUUCAUGAAUGGCUUUGAUAAAUGUGAUAGAAUAACAUUUUUGCUCAAUUAAGCAAUUUAUUUUGUUGUAUACAGUCUAACCUGUCUUAAGCAGCCAGCCAAGGGAAGCAGACAAUUUGGCCGCUUAAGCCAGGUGACCGCUGAUCGGAGGUGCAGCCAGUAUAUGUAUUUUUCAGACUUCUGACCAGUCUAUAGCCUUUAGGCCCAUUUCUUUUUGGGUUUUCUUUUAUUAUUUUACCAGGAUACAAUGACGUGCAUUUGCCUUCGCAAUACGAAUGGUAUUCUUAACAAUCUAAAACUCCGGCGUGUUUUUUUUACUACAAAAAUUGUUACAGACAAUUUUCCAACUUCAAAACAAGUUUGUUUACAAUUUUCGCCAUUUUGGUAAGGGACGCUACUCUCGGCGCUUAUUGUCUACGCUAAAUCUAAGAUUGCCGUUACGUUCCGUAAAAGAUAGAGUGGUUUAUUAUUUUUUUUUUUUCAAACACAAUAUCGUAUAAAUUUAAAAGUAUUUUGAUGACAAAAGUAUACAAAAUCACAAAUAUUAUGCUACUAAUUAAUUAUCGAAUAUUAUCUUUAACCGAGGUCAAACUGUGAACAACAAAUUUGACACGAGGCGACACGUUAAUUGCCGAUAAUUACUGGCCAUUUGAUCAUAACAAAAGGGGAUUACACCUUUGGUUAUCAGUUUUAAUUGAGAAGCUCAUGUCAUUUUGUCGUUCUUAUGGUGAAGUCACGCGAAACUUAGCAACCACGUGCUUCUCAAAAUCGGGUAUCUUCGGCGAUUAUUGCCUAAAAAUAAUUCGUUUUGGAAGAAAAAUGGCCGCUGAAAGGGGUCAGAUACGGCGGUCGGGAGGCAAUUUCGGUGGCCGCUGACCGCGGACGGCAGGUGGCCGCUGAAUAAAGUGAUAAAAUAGAGGAAAAUCCGUCGGGGGCGUCAUAAAAUGGCCGCUGAACGGAGGUGACCGCUGAUCGGAGGUGACCGUUAGUACAGGUUAGACUGUAUUUGCAUGUUAUUUUGUUUUUGACUACAGUAGAACCCUGCUAGUAAGACCUCAUGUGGGUCCUUUAAAUACUGAUCUUAAACAGAACUGUCUUACUACUGGAUUUACUUUACAAAUACUAAUAAACCUCUGUCUCAGUUUAGAAAUAAAAAUAAUUCAGAUUGUUUUUCUACAUUGAGAUUAACUUUUGUAAAUUCAUGAAUGGCUUUGAUAAAUGUGAUAGAAUAACAUUUUUGCUCAAUUUAGCGAUUUAUUUUGUUGUAUAUUUGCAUGUUAUUUUGUUUUUGACUACAGUAGAACCCUGCUAGUAAGACCUCAUGUGGGUCCUAUAAAUACUGGUCUUAAACAGAACUGUCUUACUAUUGGAUUUACUUUACAAAUACUAAUAAACCUCUGUCUUAGUUUAGAAAUAAAAAUAAUUCAGAUUGUUUUUCUACCGGUCAUGAUGUUGCUAGAAAAGAAACAAGAAUUGUAAUUUACAAAAUUAAUGAUAUGUUGUUUUUUAUAUUGUCUUGAACUUUUUAAGCUCAACUAUUUUAAUUUUUUCCAAUACAAGAGCUUUUGGUUAAAACAAUAUUUUAUUAAUCACAAUUCAUUUACAACAUGUACAUACAAUGUAUAUCAAAAAGGCAUACAGGAUUGAGCUUUUGUUGUCAACCAUUUGUUAGCAUUGGAAUCUGCACUUUUGUUCUGAAAGUUUUGAGCAUUUGAGCAGAAUUCUCUAAAACUAAGCUAAAGCUAAAUGUGUUUAAUAGUCACACACGUCUUUGAGAUGUCCAGUCAUAGGGCAAGUUACAUCAGUCUCUCUAGCUAAUGUUUUGUUAAAAUUAGAUGUUUUGACAUCUUGAGAAGACCUCACUGAGCAAGUUUACAUAAUGCCUGUUCUAUUAAAAUUGCUUCCCAUUUUAAUGUAGAUUUUUUUUGGAAUUUUUUUUAUUUUGAGCUUGUUUUUCAAACUCAAACAAAUGUUUUCAAAUUCUACAACAUCUUUGGUAUCUUAAGAUGACCUCAUGUAGCAGGUGUGAUGACUCUUCUCAUACUUUCUGUCAGAAUUAUGCCCCGUUUUCACUUAGUGAAAGUUUAAAUAUCAUAAGGUAUGUUUUCUGCAUGUUUAGCACGGUUACAUGUCACGAACUUACAAUUUAGAAAAUUUUACAAUCGAGUUCAAAACAAUUUCAAAACAAAAAUGAAAAUUUAUGAUUAUUAACAAAAUGUAUUUAGUUAUAAUCUUUCAUCUGACUGUUAAUCUUUUCCAUUUGUUUAACCCUUAUCAUGCUGGACAUGAUUGAUUCUGCCUUUGCGACCAGUGUAGAUCAUGAUCAGCCUGCAUGUCCAUGCAGUCUGAUCAUGGUCUGCACUGUUCACCAUUCAGUCAGUAUUUUUUUGGUAAGCAUCCCUUUUAACAGUUAAUGGCACUGUCCAAGUUGAAAGAUGGACAAGUUCAUUAUAGAAAUUUAGUAGGGUAAGGUUUAACACAGUUUUCAAGGUAAAAAAAGAGAAGAAAUUCACUUGUCCCAUAAGAAUUCUAGUUAUUUAUUAUGUUUAAUGCAUUUAACUCCUCUCAUUUUACAUAAACAUUUAUAGACAAAAAGAUGUUAAAGCAUCAAAAAUUGGUCGUAUUAAUGGAAGUUUGGGGCAGUUGGUGUUGACAUAUUAUUAGCAAAUGGCAGGGAGAUCUUUUUAAAGAGGUUUGCAACCAUUGAAAUAGUACAGAAAAAAUUAAUACCUUGAAAAAGUGGCCUUUGUAAUUAGGUGGUCUUAGGGAUGGUCUUAACGCAAGGUUCUACUGUAUGUAGUUUUGCUGUUUACAUGUUUACAGUGUAUUUUUAGUUUUAAGUAAUGUUACUGGUUAUUAUAAUAUUUUUGUUAGAUUUUUGUAGGAUAGGUUCUUUUUUCAUUUACAGAUUUUAAAGUAAAUAUUUUCAUAAUUAGAUUCACUGUUAGUUUGUAAUCUGCUCUAAAAAUACAGAAUAUUUAUGUCUAUCUGUUUAAGACAGUUUAUAUGAAUGUUCCAGAUUAAUUUUUAAGUAAAAGUGGAAGUAAAUUUCACUGAUUUAUGAAAUUUUUGUUUUCUACUGUUGAACUGGACAAGUAUACCUCAGCUGAUGUUCUGUUAAACAUUGGUAGUCUGAUAGUAUUUUAAAAUAUGUAUUAUAAUUACUAUUAUUGUUGAUUGAUAUACUUCUAGAGAGAUUCAUGGCAACUCAAAGACUUGUUUAAAUUUUUACAGCCAUAGCAUUGUUGUAUACCUUUACAGUAAUGAAAUACAAAUGAAAUUAAUAAAUUAUAAGUAGAUUU